GAGUUUCUGCCGCCGGUGUAGACAUCGUUUGCGAUGUCUGCGGAAGAAGAAGCACUCUCGAACGGAGAUCCUGUACAUGCGAUGCUUGAAAGGACGCCGUCGUACGACAAAGCGAUCAACAGCAAAUUUGAUGUCAGCGAUGAGAAGCCAGACGACGGGAAAGAAACGAAGAAAGAAGAGCCGCGUGUUGGAAUGUCAGAAUUGUUUAGAUAUGCAGAUAAAUACGACCUUCUCUUCAUCUUCCUUGGUAUCAUAAGUGCCAUGGUUGCUGGCCUGGCUCUCCCCAGUAUGUCACUCGUAUUCGGAGAUAUGCUAGACUCAUUUGUCUGCUACACUCAGCGCAACCUCAACCUCACAUCCUUUAGUUUGAAUUCAACGAAGCAAACCUGUUCAUCGUCUCUAAUGGAGCGUAGGAACAACUGUGACGUAGACAUUGUAGAGAACUUUGAAAAGACGAUGGAGAAGACCGCGUAUGCGUUUGUUGGUAUUGGAUUUGGAGCGACGCUCUUGAACUAUCUGUAUGUGGCGUUCUUUCUGAUUGCUGCUGAGAGACAGACGAGACGCAUGAGGGAGAGAUUCUUUCGUUCGAUUAUGAGGCAGGAAAUCGGAUGGUUUGAUACGAAUGAUACUGGAGAGCUGGCAACACGGCUAACAGAUGAUUUGAACAAAGUCUGCGCUGGAAUCGGUGACAAGGUGGGGACAUUUGCAAUGUGGAUGUCUACGUUUUUUGGUGGAAUUAUUGUCGGACUUGUUACCAACUGGAGACUCGCGUUGGUCAUCUUAGCCAUUACUCCAGUACUAGCCUUUGUUGCUGGCCUUUUUUCAAAGCUUAUUGCAAACUAUGCGGCUAAUGAGCAGUCUGCAUAUGCCAAAGCAGGUAGUGUUGCCGAGGAGGUGAUAUCGUGUAUAAGAACUGUGGUGGCGUUUGGAGGACAAGACAAGGAAUCUGAGAGGUAUAAUACAGAACUAAAAGGAGCCCAAAAGAUAGCCAACAAGAAGUCCGUCAUGAGUGGUCUCGUUCUCUUUGCUACAAUGCUGGUUAUCUUCGGAGCAUACGCACUGGGAUUCUGGUUUAGUGGUGUGUUGAUACGGGACUAUGGGGCGUCAGCUGGUGAUGUCAUUACUACAUUCUUUGCUGUGAUUAUUGGUGCGUUUGCGCUGGGGCAUGCAGCACCGAGUGUGGAGACGAUCAAUACGGCUAGAGGAGCGGCAGUUAGUGUGUUCCAAAUAAUGGACAGAAAAUCACAGAUUGAUCCUUUAUCCGACGAAGGGUUAAACCCACCAGAAGAGACAGUAAAAGGUGUCAUCGAAUUUAGAAAUGUCAAGUUUACGUAUCCAGCCAGAGAUGAUGUAGAGGUUUUGUCUGAUGUCAGUUUUACGGUGAACACGGGAGAAACGAUGGCUCUUGUGGGUCCCAGUGGAUGUGGAAAGAGUACGAUUGUUCAGCUUUUACAGAGAUUUUAUGAUACGGACGACGGACAGAUUCUAUUUGAUGGCAAUAAUAUUAAAGAUCUCAAUGUCCACUGGCUGCGAGGUCAUAUCGGUGUUGUGAGCCAAGAACCCGUGUUGUUCGCAACAACCAUUGAAGAAAAUAUUCGCUUUGGACGUGAAGGCGUGACUCAAGAGGAAAUCAUGGAAGCUGCUCGCCAAGCGAAUGCACACGGUUUUAUAUCAACUCUACCACAGAAAUACAAUACUUUAGUUGGAGAACGUGGUGCUCAACUUUCUGGUGGUCAGAAGCAACGCGUGGCCAUUGCACGUGCUUUAGUACGUAAUCCCAAAAUUCUGCUUUUGGAUGAAGCCACUUCAGCCUUGGACUCUGAGAGCGAGAAGACAGUGCAACUUGCAUUAGAUAAGGCACGUCAGGGGCGAACUACGAUUGUCAUCGCUCACCGGUUAUCAACAAUCCAGAAUGCGUCAACCAUCACUUCCGUUGUUGGGGGAGAGAUAAUCGAACAAGGAACACACUCAGAACUGAUGGAGAGGAAGGAUGUUUAUUAUGAACUUGUAGCUGCGCAGAGUGUUGGAGACGACUCGUUUAAAGAAGCUCAAAAGAAACUCAUCGAACGCCAAGCGUCAGUUCAGUCAAGACAUUCCGUAACAUCACCGUCCGGCAAGUUUGGCCAACAAAAAUCAUAUCCAUUCGAUCGGCAGGACUCUGAAAUGCCUGGUGUGACUGACAAGAUGGACGAGAAACAAAAGGGAAAGAAGAAAGUUGACGAGGAAGACGAUGCACUUCCUCCUCCGCCAGUCAUACGUGUUCUAAAAAUGAAUUCUCCCGAGUGGCCGUUCCUGUUGAUUGGUGCCCUAAGUGCAGCAGCUGCAGGUAUCGCCAUGCCAGCAUUUGCCAUCAUAUUUUCAAGAUUAUUAAGAGUGUUUGCUGAAGACUGUGAGCAGAUGGAGAAGGAUAUAAGUCUGUAUGCACCGCUCUUUCUUGUUAUCGGAUUCGGAUCAGGAUUGUUUGAAUUCUCCAAGGUGUUCUUUUUGAAUGUGGCUGGUGAGGCGUUGACUGCUCGUUUGCGAGCUAAAGUGUUCAGAGCCAUGCUACGGCAGGAAGUUGGCUGGUUUGAUGAUUCUCGUCGCUCAACCGGUGCUCUUACGACUCGUCUCGCCGAAGACGCGUCAGAAGUAAAAGGAGGAGUUGGAUCGCGACUGGCAGUCAUCUUCCAACUGUUCGCGACUCUCAUCGCUGCACUAACGAUCGCGUUCGUUCACAACUGGGAGAUGACGUUAGUCACACUCGCUUGUGUCCCUGUACUCAUCAUAGCCGGAGCAGUCCAAAUGCGUGCACUUGCUGGACACUCGUCAAAGAACAAAGAGCAAUUAGAAAACGCAGGGAAAGUGGCCGUCGAGGCUAUUGAUAAUAUUCGAACCGUAAGCCAGUUGGGACGGGAGGAGACGUUUUGGAGGAAGUAUCACGACUGUCUUGAGGGUCCAUACCGGGACGGUCUUAAACACUCUCAAGUGCAAGGCUUGUCUUACGGAUUCUCUCAAGGCGUCAUCUACUUGGCCUAUGCCGGAGCCUUUCGUUUUGGUGGCUGGCAAGUGGUACAUCAAGGAUACGACUUUGAAGAUGUUUUUAUUGUGUUUGCUGCCAUAGUGUUUGGUGCGAUGACGUUGGGUCAGAUCAGUAGCUUCGCUCCUGAUUACACCAAGGCACGACUCGCUGCCGCUCGUGUCUUCGAUCUGCUCGACCUCAAACCAUCCAUCGACACAUCAAGCACAGACGGAAUCAAACCAGAUACGGUAGACGGACGUGUUCAGUUUCGAUCUGUUCACUUUCGUUUUCCGACGCGCGAGUCGGUGAGGGUAUUGAGAGGGUUGGAUGUUGAGGCGGAGCCUGGAGAGACGUUAGCGUUGGUGGGAGCGAGUGGCUGUGGAAAGAGUACGUGUGUGCAGCUUCUUGAGAGGUUUUACGACCCCGAGGAAGGACACGUUGAAUUGGACGGUCGUGACGUUCGUGCCUGGAACAUUAACUACCUUCGCUCCCAGCUUGGUCUCGUCAGUCAGGAGCCAGUACUGUUUGACCGCUCCAUUCGAGACAACAUCAAGUAUGGAGACAACACACGCGAGGUGUCCCAACGAGAAGUCGAAGACGCUGCAAAAAGUGCCAACAUCCAUGGAUUCAUUGAGUCACUACCAGAGGGUUAUGACACCCUGGUUGGUGACAAGGGAACGCAGCUUUCUGGGGGACAAAAACAGCGCGUUGCUAUAGCACGAGCACUUGUUCGCAAUCCAAGAGUCUUGAUGCUAGAUGAAGCGACAUCUGCUCUGGACACUGAGAGUGAAAAGAUUGUGCAAGAAGCACUUGACCUCGCUAGGGAGGGCCGUACUUGCAUUGUUAUUGCUCAUCGUUUGUCAACGAUUCAUAAUGCGAAUAAGAUUGCAGUGAUUCAGAAGGGCACUAUAGUGGAACAAGGCACUCAUGGCGAUCUGAUGCAGAAACAGGGUGUCUAUUUUCAACUAAAUCAGGCACAAGUUCACAAUGUUAUGUGAAGGGUUUGCAUUAGAGACAAGAGAUUGGCAGUGUUGCAUAUCAUGUAUGUAGUAUUAUUGCACCGUGCAUUACACUCGUUUAUACCUUAUCUUCAUACAUCUGGCCUGUUUGUAUGUGCAAGAGGCACUGCCAUGUGUGCGACUCAUUGUAGUGUAGAUGUAGCUCUGGUUUUUUUGUUUGCCAUUCAGUAAGAAACUGUUGAGAAAAUCAAGUGAUUGAAAGAGUUUGUUUUCUAAUUGAAA